GCUACCGGUGAAAGUGUACAAAAUUCGGCAGAAUAGACCGUCGAUUUUGCAGAAAUCCCUGAAAUAUUUUCCUUCAAGUUGUCUUCAGUUGUAAGAUUCUUCUAAAUCUUGAGUGCUUGAUACCAAGGAACAGCACUUCAACCAGUGCGACAGAAGAAGCAUCAAGCAGUCGGGGGUCAAGUCCCAGACCCACCUCCAUGUAGAGUACCCAUCAACAAGUAUCUCAUCAUGCCGGGCCAGACUAACGAGCCAGUCAUUGUGGACGUAUGGGAGUCAAAUGUGGAGGAGAUUUUUCGAACGAUCAGAAUAAUCGUGCAGCAAUAUAAUUAUGUCGCUAUGGACACUGAGUUUCCAGGGGUUGUCGCCCGACCCAUCGGGGAGUUUCGGAGUAACUCAGAAUACCAGUAUCAGCUUCACCGGUGUAACGUGGACCUCCUCAAGAUCAUUCAGCUCGGACUGACAUUCUGCGACGAAGUAGGGAACUUCCCCACUGGACCAGCCACAUUUCAGUUCAACUUCAAGUUUAAUCUGACGGAGGACAUGUAUGCCCAAGACUCCAUCGAUCUUUUAUCCAAGUCUGGCAUCCAGUUCAAGAAACACGAGGAGGAAGGAGUGGACGUGAUGCACUUUGCUGAACUUCUCAUGACCUCCGGGGUCAUCCUCAAAGACUCAGUCAGAUGGAUCACCUUUCAUAGUGGUUACGAUUUCUCCUACAUGCUAAAAGUCUUGACAGUUUCUCACCUGCCCUCAGACGAGUCGGAAUUCUUUGAAUUAUUACGGAUUUAUUUUCCGCGGAUCUACGACGUGAAGUACUUGAUGAAGAGCUGCAAAGACCUGAAGGGAGGUCUGCAAGAGGUGGCCGACUUUCUUCAGAUCCAGAGGGUUGGACCCCAGCAUCAAGCAGGCAGUGAUAGCCUCCUCACCCAACUUGCCUUCUUUAAGAUGAGAGAGAGUUACUUUGAAGACAACAUCGAUGAUGACAAGUACUGCGGUCACCUCUAUGGCUUAGGGUCAGGGUUCACACAGAACGGCACGUACAAUGACGAGAUCAACAACAUGUCGACCAACGCCACAACGACGUAGCCAAAGUUUUCAUUUACCUAAAUCAUAACAAAGAGAGUCCUUGUACAAGGAAUCCUCGCUGAAAAUUUUCGAAAGCAUCCGAAGAUAUCGAGGUUUUCAGGCCUGUAUGCUUUGAUUUUGAAAGGGCAAAGGCACCAGCUAGUCCUAACUUAGGACUAGUCCU